AUGAGGAAGAGGAGCAGAGGAAGAGGAGCAGAGGAAGUGGAGCAGAGGAAGAGGAGCAGAGGAAGAGGAGCAGAGGAAGAGGAGCAGAAGAAGAGGAGCAGAGGAAAAGGGGCCGAGGAAGAGGAGCAGAGGAAGAGGGGAAGAGGAAGAGGAUCAGAGGAAGAGGAGCAGAGGAAGAGGAGCAGAGGAAGAGGGGCAGAGGAAGAGGAGCAGAAGAAGAGGAGCAGAGGAAGAGGGGCAGAGGAAGAGGGGCAGAGGAAGAGGGGCAGAGGAAGAGGGGAAGAGGAAGAGGAUCAGAGGAAGAGGAGCAGAGGAAGGCGAGCAGAGGAAGAGGAGCAGAGGAAGAGUAGCAGAGGAAGAGGAGCAGAGGAAGAGGGGCAGAGGAAGAGGGGCAGAGGAAGAGGAGCAGAGGAAGCGGGGCAGAGGAAAAGAGGCCGAGGAAGAGGAGCAGAGGAAAAGGGUCCGAGGAAGAGGAGCAGAAGAAAAGGGGCCGAAGAAGAGGAGCGGAGAAAGAGGGGCAGAGGAAGAGGGGCAGAGGAAGAGGAGCAGAGGAAGAGGAGCAGAGGAAAAGGGGCAGAGGAAGGGGAGCUGAGGAAGAGGAGCAGAGGAAGAGGAGCAGAGGAAGAAGGGCAGAGGAAGAGGAGCAGAGGAAGAGGAGCAGAGGAAGAGGAGCGGAGGAAGAGGAGCAAAGGAAGAGGAGCAAAGGAAGAGGAGCAGAGGAAGAGGAGCAGAGGAAGAGGAGCAGAGGAAGAGGGGAAGAGGAAGAGGAUCAGAGGAAGAGGAGCAGAGGAAGAGGAGCAGAGGAAGAGGGGCAGAGGAAGAGGAGCAGAAGAAGAGGAGCAGAGGAAGAGGGGCAGAGGAAGAGGGGCAGAGGAAGAGGGGAAGAGGAAGAGGAUCAGAGGAAGAGGAGCAGAGGAAGGCGAGCAGAGGAAGAGGAGCAGAGGAAGAGUAGCAGAGGAAGAGGAGCAGAGGAAGAGGGGCAGAGGAAGAGGGGCAGAGGAAAAGAGGCCGAGGAAGAGGAGCAGAGGAAAAGGGUCCGAGGAAGAGGAGCAGAAGAAAAGGGGCCGAAGAAGAGGAGCGGAGAAAGAGGGGCAGAGGAAGAGGAGCAGAGGAAGAGGAGCAGAGGAAAAGGGGCAGAGGAAGGGGAGCGGAGGAAGAGGAGCAGAGGAAGAGGAGCAGAGGAAGAAGGGCAGAGGAAGAGGAGCAGAGGAAGAGGAGCAGAGGAAGAGGAGCGGAGGAAGAGGAGCAGAGGAAGAGGAGCAAAGGAAGAGGAGCAGAGGAAGAGGAGCAGAGGAAGAGGAGCAGAGGAAGAGGGGCAGAGGAAGAGGAGCAGAGGAAGAGGGGCAGAGGAAGAGGAGCAAAGGAAGAGGAGCAGAGGAAGAGGAGCAGAGGAAGAGGGGCAGAGGAAGAGGAGCAAAGGAAGAGGAGCGGAGGAAGAGGAGCGGAGGAAGAGGAGCAAAGGAAGAGGAGCAAAGGAAGAGGAGCAGAGGAAGAGGAGCAGAGGAAGAGGAGCAGAGGAAGAGGAGCAAAGGAAGAGGAGCAGAGGAAGAGGAGCAGAGGAAGAGGGGCAGAGGAAGAGGGGCAGAGAAAGAGGAGCAGAGGAAGAGGGGCAGAGGAAGAGGGGCAGAGGAAGAGGAGCAAAGGAAGAGGAGCGGAGGAAGAGGAGCAAAGGAAGAGGAGCAAAGGAAGAGGAGCAGAGGAAGAGGAGCAGAGGAAGAGGAAGAGGAGCAGAGGAAGAGGGGCAGAGGAAGAGGAGCAGAGGAAAAGGGGCCGAGGAAGAGGAGCGGAGAAAGAGGAGCAGAGGAAGAGGAGCGGAGAAAGAGGAGCAGAGGAAGAGUGGCAGAGGAAGAGUGGCAGAGGAAGAGGAGCAGAGGAAGAGGAGCAGAGGAAGAGGAGCAGAGGAAGAGGAGCAGAGGAAGAGGAGCAGAGGAAAAGGGUCCGAGGAAGAUGAGCAGAGGAAAAGGGGCCGAGGAAGAGGAGCGGAGAAAGAGGAGCAGAGGAAGAGUGGCAAAGGAAGAGGGGCAGAGGAAGAGGAGCAGAGGAAAAGGAGCAGAGGAAGAGGAGCAGAGGAAGAGGAGCAGAGGAAGAGGAGCAGAGGAAGAGGAGCAAAGGAAGAGGAGCAGAGGAAGAGGGGCAGAGGAAGAAGUCAUGAGCAAAACAUAA